AUGGUGUGCCGCAGCGUACAAUCGCCGCCGUUGAACGCGGAGCUGGCCCAGUCUGCUUCAUUUACGUACCGAACGACGAUACAAGGAAGGGCUGGGGACGGACUACAUGCGCAGCGGGAAGUCUGUUGA